UCAAAAGCCAUCAUGGACCCCCACCACAGUGCCCAAGAUAUCAUCAGAUGUGACCUUUGUGAGACAGCUAUAGUACAGAUGUACUGUGAUUUCUGUCAUGUCAACCUUUGUAAACCCUGUAUUGGAGAACACAUUGCUGAUGACUACAACAAACAUCAAGUUGUCCCAUUCCAGCAAAGAAAAUCCACCUUGAUUUAUCCAAAGUGUGCAACACACCCAACGAAAGCCUGUGAAUUACAAUGCAAAGAAUGUGACAUUCCUAUUUGUGCUAUAUGCUCAGUAUCUAAAAGCCAUAAGAGACACACAUUGUCAACAGUAUUGGAAUUUUACAAUUCAAAGAGACAAAACAUUGAAAAAGAUUUAGAGGAAAUAGAAAACAUAAUUUCCCCAACAUAUGAAGAAAUUGCCACUGAUACAGAAACCCUGAUAGAAGGCUUAGACAGAAAAUAUGAGAAACUUGCUAUAGCCGUGAAACACCAUGGAGAAGAAUGGCACAAAGAAAUUGACAACAUUGUCAACAAACUAACAACGGAAAUUACACAGAUGAAAACCAAACACCAGGACAUUCUGAAGAAACAUCUUGAUGAAAUCAAACAGAUACAAUCAGAUAUUGAACAAACAUUGUACAGCCUGAAAAAAGUUGAAGAAUCAAAUGAAAUGGUUAUAGCUAUCGAAUACAGCUCUAAAAAUAAAGAGUUCAGCAAUCUUCCUCCUAAAGUUCAGGUAUCAAUGCCCGCAUUUAGUCCAUGGACAACAGACAGAGAACAGCUUUACAAGUUGUUUGGAUCUUUGAUGCCAUUAUUCGUCACAACAGAAGAAAAUGGCUACAAACAGAAGACGCAGGGGAAAUCAACUAGAAAACUGCUGGAAGAACCAGAACUUAUCACAACUAUACAUACUGGGCUUAAAACACUCCGCAGUGUGAUCUGUCUCGGUGAAGAAGCAAUCUGGACAAGUGAAGAAGUCAGUGAUAUGAAAUGCUUUAACAUUCAAGGCUCACUUACCAAGACAAUCAGGACAAAAUCAAGGGAAUGGCCAAAUGAUUUGGCAGUGACAGGUGAUGGGGAUCUAGUGUCCUCUGAUGGGACAGUGAAUGAAGUGAAGAAUGGACAGACAGAGGAGAUGAUCAGAUUACAGGGCUGGACACCUCUCAGUCUCUGUGUCACCUCCUCUGGUGAUCUCCUGGUUACCAUGCACAGUGAUGAUAAAACUCAGUCUAAAGUUGUUCGUUACUCAGGCUCCAAAGAGAAACAAACAAUACAGUUUGAUGAAGGUACACCUCUGUAUUCAGGAAAUUAUUUCAUUAAGUACAUUAGUGAGAACAGAAACCUCGAUAUUUGUGUGGCUGACUUCAAAGCUGGUGCUGUAGUGGUGGUCAACCAGACUGGUAAACUCCGAUUUAGAUACACUGGUCAUCCUUCUGCUACAAAGAACGAAAAGUUUGUACCCUAUGGCAUCACAACAGACAGUCAGAGUCAGAUCCUUACAGCAGUCUGUCUUAAUAAUUGUAUCCACAUCCUAGACAAGGACGGCCAGUUCCUCCGUUAUAUAGAUAAAUGUGAUCUGAAGAAUCCAUUUGGUUUAUGUGUGGACAAAAAAGAUAACUUGUUUGUGGCUGAACAAAACAUGGAUCCCAGCAGCAGUGCCCAGGAUGUGAUCAGAUGUGACCUAUGUGAGACAGCUGUAGUACAGAUGUACUGUGAUUUCUGUCAUGUCAGCCUCUGUAAACCCUGUAUUGGAGAACACAUUGCUGAUGACUAUAGCAAACACCAAAUUGUCCCAUUUCAGCAAAGGAAAUCCACCUUAAUUAAUCCACUGUGCAAAAUACAUGAAACAGAAAGAUGUAAAUUUCAUUGCAAAGAAUGCAACACCUGUGUUUGUUCUUUAUGCAUUACAUCUGAUACACAUAAGGGACAUACCAUUAGAACCCUUUCGGAUAUUUUUAAUUCAAAGAAAGAAAUCAUAGGGAAAGAUACUGAAGAGUUGAAACAAAUGAUUUCUCCAACCUAUGAAGAAAUUGCCAUAGAUAUAGAAGCUCAGAUUGCUAACCUGGAUGGAGAAUAUGAUAAACUUUCAACAGCAGUGACAGAACAUGGAAAACAAUGGCACAAAGAAAUUGACAACAUUGUCAACAAACUGAAAAGAGAAAUUGAAGAGAUGAAAAGUAAACAUAUGAGCAUUCUGAUGAAACAUUUAGAUGAAAUUAAACAGAUAACAAGUCUUAUUGAACAAACACUUCUUGAAUUAAAUAGAAUAGAUGAAUCAAAUAAAAUAUCUAUGACUAUGGAAUACAGCUCCAAAGUCAAAGAAUUAAGCAAACUUCCUCCCAGAUUAAGAGUAUUAUUUCCAAUGUUCAAUACAAAGUCAAAAGAUACAGGACAUAUUCAUGAUUUGUUUGGAUCUUUAACACCAUUAACCACCAAAACAGAUGAAAAUGGCUACACACUGAAGAAACCAGUGACGUCAACCGGACAACUGCAGAAAGAACCAGAACUCAUCACUACUAUAAAUACUGGGUAUGAGAAACUCCGUAGUAUUUCAUGGCUCAGUGAGGAAGACUUUUGGACAUGUGCACAUAAAGUCAGUAAAAUGAAAUGUUUUAACAGUGACGGAUCACUCAUUAAGACAAUCGGAACAAAAUCGGGGCAGUGGCCAAGUGAUAUAGCAGUGACAUGUGAUGGUGAUCUAGUGUACUCUGAUGCUAAAACAAGGACUGUUAAUAAAGUAAAGAAUGGACGAACAGAAGAGGUUAUCAAGCAACAAGAUUGGAUACCUUUCAAUCUCUGUGUCACCUCUUCUGGUGAUCUCCUGGUUGGCAUGUUCAGUGAUGAUGAAACACAGUCCAAAGUUGUUCGUUACUCAGGCUCCACAGAGAAACAAACAAUCCAGUUUGAUGAGGAGGGUAAACCUCUGUAUUCAGGAAAUAAUAAAAUUAGAUACAUCAGUGAGAACAGAAACCUGGAUAUCUGUGUGGCUGACUGUGAAGCUGGUGUUGUAGUUGUGGUCAAUCAGACUGGAAAACUCCGAUUUAGAUACACUGGUCAUCCUUCUGUUACAAAGAACAAAUCAUUCAAACCCUGCGGAAUCACAACAGACAGCCAGAGUCAGAUCCUGACAGCAGACGUAGAGAACCUUUGUAUCCACAUCCUAAACCAGAACGGACACUUCCUUCGGUAUAUAGAUAACUGUGAUCUGAAGAAACCAAUGGGAGUUUGUGUUGACAAAAAAGACAACUUGUUUGUAGCCGAGUAUAAAGGAAAUGUUAAAAAGAUUAAAUAUGUUGUUAACAAUGGAGAAGAUGAAAGCUUUAUGCCAUGUUAG